CUUGAAACGCCGUACGUAAUGUCGACGUAACAAUUGUUAAUUUCUUAAGAAGAAGAGAAGAAGCUUCGAGAAGAGAAUCACCGAUUUUAUGAAUUAUAUCGCAUUUUAAAGACUAUGCAUUUCCUCGGUUUCCUUAGUGAUUUCUAUACAAAACGUUUUAGAAACCGAAGUGCACUUUAGUGUUCACCUUGUACAGUUAAGCUGCACCCGAUAUAAACGGAUUUACAAGUGUACGAGAAAUGUAUUAAAAACUGUUUAAGAAAUCGUACCAAGGCAUGUGUGUUAUGAAAAUUUUAUAUUUGCACCACUAUACCUCAAUGUCCAUGCAAAAGGAUCAAACGUGAACAUAUUGGAUGAACAUUUACAAAAAGAGUUUUUAUAUUUCAUGAUACAGUGACAGUGAAUUUCUACAUUGGACGAAUUCAAAAACUAUAUAUAAAAAUGGGUAAUUGUUUCAGCAGUCCGACAGAUACUGAAAAAGAAAAGCCUGAUAGAAUAGGCAAUCCAAAUAUAGAGGCUGUUGCAUCUCAAGCUAGUCCAGUCCCAACACCGCCUCCAGAUCCUAUUAGGCCUACGCCGCAAAUUCCAGAUGCGGAUGUGCCGACCGCAAAAAUUUUUGUUGCUUUGUACGACUAUGAUGCACGUACAGAUGAAGAUUUAAGCUUUAGAAAAGGUGAACACCUAGAGAUUUUAAACGAUACUCAAGGGGAUUGGUGGCUAGCUAGAAGUAAAAGAACUCGACAGGAAGGAUAUAUCCCCAGCAAUUAUGUUGCAAAAUUAAAAUCUAUCGAAGCAGAACCAUGGUAUUUUAGAAAGAUUAAACGAAUCGAAGCUGAAAAGAAGUUAUUACUGCCUGAAAAUGAUCAUGGUGCAUUUUUAAUCAGAGAUUCUGAAAGUCGACAUAAUGAUUAUUCUCUUUCAGUACGUGACGGCGAUACAGUUAAACAUUAUCGGAUUAGGCAAUUGGACGAGGGUGGUUUUUUCAUUGCUAGGAGAACUACAUUCAGGAACCUUCAAGAUCUUGUUGAACAUUAUAGUAAAGAUGCCGAUGGACUGUGUGUAAAUCUAUGCAAACCUUGUGUACAGGUUGAGAAACCUGUUACCGAGGGUCUUAGCCAUCGCACACGGGAUCAAUGGGAGAUUGAUCGUUCGUCUCUCAAAUUUGUGAGAAAAUUAGGCCAUGGGCAAUUUGGGGAGGUAUGGGAAGGAUCAUGGAAUAACACUACUGCAGUGGCAAUAAAGACGCUUAAGCCAGGGACUAUGGACCCCAAAGAUUUCUUAGCAGAAGCACAAAUUAUGAAGAAACUUCGUCAUGCAAAAUUAAUUCAGUUGUAUGCUGUAUGCACUUUGGAAGAACCAAUUUACAUUAUCACAGAAUUGAUGAGGAAUGGUAGUUUGUUAGAAUAUUUACAAGGAAAAGGCAAAACUUUGAAUCUACAACGAUUAAUCGAUAUGGCUGCGCAAAUUGCAGCGGGUAUGGCAUAUCUUGAAUCACAGAAUUACAUUCAUAGAGACUUAGCUGCCCGUAAUGUUUUGGUAGCGGAAUUAAAUGUAGUGAAGAUCGCAGAUUUUGGUUUAGCUAGGUUGAUUAAAGAAAAUGAAUACGAAGCUCGAGUAGGAGCCCGUUUUCCUAUUAAAUGGACUGCUCCUGAAGCUGCAAAUUAUAGUAAAUUCAGUAUUAAAUCCGAUGUGUGGUCAUUCGGUAUUCUUCUUAGCGAAUUGGUCACUUACGGCAGAAUACCGUAUCCAGGUAUGACAAAUGCUGAAGUUCUUCAUCAAGUAGAACACGGUUAUAGAAUGCCAUGUUCACCCGGUUGUCCAACUGCGUUAUAUGACAUUAUGUUAGAAUGUUGGAAUAAAGAUCCAAUGAAAAGGCCGACAUUCGAAACACUUCAGUGGAAACUCGAGGACUUCUUUACAAUGGAAGGCUCCGAGUAUAAGGAGGCAUCCGCAUAUUGAAGUACCAAACUGAAGUACUAUUCUUUGUUAGAAUAUGAUUUGUUGAGAUGCUGAUAAGAUAUGAUAGAUAUUCUGUAUGAAUAUGCAACGAGAAAAAUGCAGAUUAUUAUAAUUAAGAAUUUAUUAGAGACACGCGGAUGUUUGUGAUAUUUCAGAGUACACUUUAUACUAAACGAUAUAGUCUUCUUUCUACAAAAGAUAAAUGAUGUCGUUUAUAUUUUUAGCAAUAUCAUUAUAUUGAUUGCUUUCGUUACAUUCUGGCUGCCAUAAAAUCGAAGAACAAGUUUGUCAAUUCAUCGGUAAUUAUACAACAUUGAAGAUCGGUACUUUGAUGACUUUUAAAACGGUGACGUAGUUUAAAUUUUAUUUUAAGAAAUUAUAUUCUGAACGUGUCAAUGUCGAAUACUAAUAGUUUUUUCCUUGGGCAAUAUUUAUGGGAGUUAACAUUUUUAAAGUAAGAAUUUGUUAUUUAUAAACCUUGACGAUAUAAUACAAGUCAAACGUAUUAUAAAUAUUUGAUGUAUGUAAAGAACUUUAAGACAGUGUUCAACUAAUUAAAAUAAACAUUCCAUCUUCUUGGAAAGAUGGUCCGUUAGGAUUUAAAUUAUAGAUCUAUGACGAGGCGGAUUAUCAUGCGCCUUGAUUUAUCAUUCCUGCUUCCAUUUCAUUCUUUUUUUAAAAUAACGUAAUUUGUCGAUAUUAAACAUUUGAAUAUAUAUAAACUUGAAUUCUAAUGCAUUUAAAAUUGAAAACUUUAGAACUGGUUCAUUGAAAACCCAUGCACAUGUAUGAUAGAUAUUUUUCAGUUUUAUACAUAUUUGUUUUACAAUCUUUCUGAAUAUGUUAACUCUCAGUCAUUCUAAAAAAAAAUUAAAAAAAAAAAAAAAAUAAAAAAAAACACGUUAGUAAAUAGAAGCAAUGCAUCUAAUCUAAAAAUUAUUCUUAAUUGUUUAUAGUAAAAGUAGUAAAUGUGUAAGAUAACGUAAGAAAGUACACAAGGGUAUUAAUGUUAAUGUUAUUAGAGGCAUGUAAACUUUUAAUGCCCGAAUUUCUGAUUUAAUCAUAUACGUAUAGGCGUGUUAUAGUUUUAGAAUUCCACAAUUAGUAUUAACUAUUAUUGAUCUUGCACUCGAUCAUGUUUUCAUGUUAAUUAAAUUUAUGUUUAUUCAUUUUUAUUAUUCAUUUAUUAUUUUUGAUAAUUUUUGACUUUUACUAAUAGUCUAUAUUUCUAAAGGUUAUAAUUUCACAAUUAAACAAUAUAAAAUUAUACACUAGUAUAUGGAAACACAUUAAUAAUCUGUAGUUUCUUGUUUUCCACGAAAGAUUUUAGAAUAAACAAACAUGUUAUAUUACAUGUAUGUUAUAUGUAUAUGCUUUAGCUUGUCUACGUUUACAGUAAAAGUAUCGUGUCAUAUCUAAUAUUUAUUUACUUAUAUUUUUUGAAGAACUUUCAUUAACAAUACAAUGUGUACCUUUGUUUCAUUCUAUGUAAAAAAAAACGUCUAUCUCGUUUAUAAAAAAAUAUUAUAAAUUUGUAGACUGUACAUGUAGAACUUGAUAUGGUUUGUUUUGCUUUUUUUACUCAAAUGCAUAUAUGUAUACUAGUCAGAGACCACUACGUAUGUUGUAAUUAUUUUCACGAUGUACAUUUAAAAACUUUUAUCCAUUAAAACAUAAAAAUAAUACACAUACUGCCAAACGCGUACGCGGGAAUGAUUGCAUCAAUAUUGUACUCAAAAACAGGAAUAAUUUAAAUGCAUUGUUUCUUGUAAAAUUCUUUGAUUACUUAUUUUACCGUUAUUAUAAUUCAAAGACGAACCAAAAUUUUAUAAUUAUUAUUUUUUUUUAAAUUCAGUAUAAGGGAACUUUGAUUAUCUUUUGUGGUCAUCUGAUAAUUAAUUGAAAGUAUUUUGCCACGUUAUUAUUUUUAAAAAAUUAUACCGUAUUUAAUGAAUAAUAUUAACAUUGAUGUUAGGAAGAAUUACAGAAAUCAUUUAUGUAGGGUAUGUCAGGCGAUUUUGUACAAAAAUACAUUUUUAUAUAAGCAUACAUAUUUAUAUUCUGUACAGUUUUUAUUUGAAUGUAACGAAAUGCUCUUUUAUAUAUAGGUUUCAUUUAUACAUAAAAUAUCUAUGCAAUUUUUAUACACAAGCUCAGUAAUUUCUUUAUUAAUAGCUUUUUCUUAAUUAAAGAAAAAAAAAAAGCAGAGGGUAUACUAGCGUUGCAGUAUUAACGAUGUGAAAUAGCAUAAUCCUCUGUGCAAGAAGAUUGUUUUUGAAGAAAAACGAAAACAAUGUCAAUGAAAUAGUAUUGUCGGUAAAAUUGUUCGUAUG